AUGGAAUGCGGGCAUCCUAGGAAGGGGGGUGAGUCGAUGCCUCUAGCUGGAGAUGUCACAUCUUGCAUGCAAGAGUUGUCAUCCAAUGGUUUACAAGCUCAAGCAAGUUUGGAGGAAGGUAACAAUGAAACAUUUAUCGUAUUUGAAGAGAAUGGGUUGGAAAGAAGUGAUGGGAAAAAGAAGACGGGAGGAGUCGGAAGGGAUUGUCAGGGAGAAAAGGUCACGAGUAGAGGACACCGCUCAUGUGAGGUGGAGUGGUAG